AUGCCAGUAUCAGUUUCGUCACCGCCUCGUCUUCACUCUCCGUUCAUUCACCGUCCCAUCAAUUUCACUCCAUCUUCUUCUUUCCGUUUUCUCUCGGCGAGGAAUCUCCGGUCGCCGGCAACAUCUUAUCCACGAAUCAAAUCGGAACUUGAUUCGAACACGGUAGUCGCAAUUUCUGUUGGUUUGGCAAGCGUAGCAUUAGGAAUCGGAAUCCCUGUGUUCUACGAAACUCAAAUCGACAAUGCCGCUAAGCGAGAGAAUACUCAACCUUGUUUUCCCUGCAAUGGAACCGGAGCUCAGAAAUGCAGAUUGUGUGUGGGAAGUGGUAAUGUUACCGUAGAGCUUGGUGGUGGCGAGAAGGAAGUCUCGAGCUGCAUCAACUGUGAUGGUGCUGGUUCCUUAACCUGCACUACUUGUCAAGGCUCUGGUGUUCAACCUCGAUACCUUGAUCGAAGGGAGUUCAAGGACGAUGACUAA